AUGGCUGGGCGCGUUGACCUUCUGGUGACUCUGGAUAAUUGUUACAGAUCGCAGUCGGCCUUGAGUCAGCGACGGGUCCUUCAAAUGUCUGCCCUGUCAACUUUCGAUGAUGCGGCGUUGGCUGCGGCGGCAGCUGUGCAUUCCAAGCUAGCGGGGUAG